AUGAACCCCAGCGGGCAGCGAGGGUUAGGCAAAGCGGCCGCCGGCGGAGAAGACCCCUGGGAAGGGUGCCUGGAGGUGGCGGUGGAGCUCGCGCUCCAGGCGGGACAGAUUAUUAGAAAAGCUCUCACUGAGGAAAAGCAGGUAUCUACCAAAACAUCUGCUGCAGAUCUUGUGACUGAAACUGACCACUUGGUGGAAAAUUUAAUUGUUUCUGCACUGAAAGAAAAGUUUCCCUCUCACAGGUUUAUUGCGGAAGAAGCUACUGCUGCUGGUUCAAAGUGCAUACUCAAUGACAGUCCAACCUGGAUUAUUGAUCCUGUUGAUGGCACUUGCAAUUUCGUACAUAGGUUUCCAACUGUAGCUGUUAGCAUUGGAUUUGCUGUCAACCAAGAGCUUGAAUUUGGUGUAAUUUAUCACUGCAUUGAAGAACGAUUAUACACUGGUAGAAGAGGUCAAGGGUCAUAUUGUAAUGGCAAAAGGCUUCAGGUGUCAAAAGUGACAGAUAUCACAAAAGCCUUGAUUUUAACUGAGAUUGGUCCAAAGCGAGAUCCUGACACUCUGAAAGUCUUUCUCAGUAACAUGGAACGAUUGCUAAAGGCACAGGCACAUGGGGUUCGUGUUAUUGGAAGUGCUACUUUGGCACUCUGUCAUUUAGCAUCUGGGGCUGCAGAUGCAUAUUACCAGUUUGGCUUACAUUGUUGGGAUUUGGCAGCAGCUACUGUUAUUAUCAGGGAGGCAGGUGGAGUUGUGAUAGAUACAUCAGGUGGACCUUUAGAUCUGAUGUCAUGUCGAGUAAUAGCAGCAGGUACCCAGGAGAUGGCCUCAUUCAUCGCUCAGGAAAUACAGACUAUUCACUAUGGACGUGAUGAUGAGAAUUGACCAGACAUCAACCUAACAUCAUAUGAAAUAUGACCUUUUGGAAAUAUUUCACUUCUUUUAAGAUGAAUGGCUUUUAAAAACUGUUUCUUGUACAGUUUGUAAAUCAAACAUAUUAUACAAACAUUUUAGUUGCAUUUUAGGAAGGUGAAAGAGGUGUAUUUGGGCAUUUGUGUGUGCAUGUGUGUAUGUGUGUGUUUGGGACCUUUCCCUCUUUUUAAUGAGAAUAUUUUUCAGUUACUUUUUUUUUAAUAUUAAAAGCUCUUUGAGGCUGUAAUAGAAGUGGGGAUGUUUCUGGUUUCACAUAGAAUGAGAAAUAAACUUUAUGUUUCAGAUCUCAGGUUUU